AUGGCGUUCCAGUUCGCUAUAUAUUAUCUUUUUGAUAAAAGUUUAAAAGUUGAGAGUACAUCGCUUAUUUUGGGGGAUUCGGACCAAUUCGAUCAAGUGACAUCGAAGCCUGACCUUGAUAGCGAUGAUAACUGGCUCGAAAUAAAAUGGCCAUCCCGAAAAGAACCGGAGAAGACAGUGGCUGCUAAAGUCUUGCUAUUUGGAGAUUCAUUUAAGGACCUUGUCUCAAAGAAGAAUUUAUUUAUUUUGGGCAAAGACAUAUGGAGCAAGGAAAGCAGGGGUGUGCUCAUGAAAAAGAAAAUACCGGAGACCAAGGUGGUAGGGGCAAAAAAACCCAGACUGGACAAGCUAACCAACAACAAAAAGCAAGCAAGGACCCUGAUGGUACAAAAUCUGAAGAGUACCUUGUCUCAAAAAAGGGUUCCACCAGAUCACCACAGCAGUUCAGAGGAAGAACUUCCACAUUGUUUUCAUAGGGAAAAACAAUCUUUGAAGACCACCAAACUGGCAUACACACCUGUUCUUUACAGCAGUUCUGAUGAUGCCACUAACAUAGAAAGCCCACCACAUCCAAAUCAACACUCCAGUUCUGAAGAUGUCACAGCGAUAAGGAGUCCAUGUCAUCAUAACACUGGCAAUGACUUGGAUGAAGACUUACCCUCAGCUCAUCACAAUCAGAUAUUAGGUGAUGAAACUGGUCAGCAAUCAAUGCCCCGAAUGGAUGAAAUAAUGCCAUACCUUCGUGAACUGCCUGAAAUGAUUAAAUUGAUGAAGGAGUGUGUGCAGUGUGUUAGGGCAUUGAUGCCCUCACCUUCAGGGACCCCCUCAUCCGUGGUGUCAUCCUUAAGCAGUGACAUUGAAAUGCACCCCUUGGCUGGCAGUGCAGUUUCAGUUCCAAAGAGGGCAUUCCAGCGACUGAACCGGUCCCGCAUGUCCAUUUUUGCCCAGGAGCUUUCUGUCCUUGUCUUUACAAGAGACGUUCUUGGCCAGUCCACGCUUACAGGGAAAUCUGGGAAAGGGACCGCCCCCAAAACACAGUUGGAUACUGUCAAGGUGCAGGCCAUAACAGAUGCUGUUCUUGAGGAAUUCCCACUGGCAACGCCUCUGAUGUACGUGCAGUCAUCAGAAGAAAAUGCAACAGUGAGCAGUACAGCCAAAAAAAUGUAA